AUGGACAAAGAGACUACAGAGGUAAAACAAACUGAUGUUGUAAAUAUUGAAAUCUCUGAGUCACCGGUCAAUACUAUUGACUCUCAAAACAUUGAGAUACGAGCACAAGUUGAGAAACAUGAUACCAUCCCAGAUGCUACUCAGCCUAACAUUGAGAAACUGGCAGAAGCACAAGCAGAAGCAGAGGUAAAAACACAAACUGAACCUACAAAUAUCGAUAAUCAGCAGAAGGUAGAGAAACCAACAGAGAAAGAACUUGAACAGAGCAUAGCUAAACCAACAAUCAGCAAGAUAGAGAAUAAGGAAGACAGUAAGAUUGAAAGCAAAAUUGAAACCCAGAAUGAGCAAAAAGCAGAAACAGCGUAUAAAGAAGAGGUCAAUGAUGGAAAUAAGGAAGAAGUGGUUAAGGCAGUUGGACAAGUGUUUGAAGAAAAGAAAGUUAUAGCCGAGCCUAGCACUUCCACCAUGAAUUUUAGGCCUACAAAUGUGAUUGAUGCUUCCUUUGUGCAACAUUCUAUCACUAAGCUCUCUAAUUCAGAUGAUGAAUUUGAGGACUCUGAUGACAAUGAAGGUAACGGGUCUGAUACUAAGUGGGAAGACGAUGUUGAUAGGAUUACCCCUGCUAAGGGUUCUACGAAGAAAAAGGAUAGAUUUGGCAUCUGGGACCCCAAUAAAUCUACUGAUGAUACAGAAGAAGAGGGGAAGACAGUGAAGGAAGUUGAUACUCUUCCUCCCAAUGCUACAGAUGUUAAUGUGGAGACCCUGGAGAAUUAUGCCCUUGAGAUCAACAUUGACUGCAUAAAUUUCCUUUUAACCAUGCUGAAUACCGUGAAGAGGUACCGGACUGACAGGCCUGUCAAACCUGUCAGUCUGGUCCCUGCGGCCCCACCGGCGGCACCUCCGUCUGGUUUCCGGCGGCCCUGCUUCUCCCCAGCUCCGGCGACUUCCCCGGCUCCGGGCUCCGGCGACUCUCCCCGGCUUCGGCGACUUCCCAGCUCCGAGCUUCGGCGCCUCUCCCCGGCUCCGGCUUCUUCCCCGGCUCCGGGCUCUGACGACCUUCCUCCACUCCGGCAGCGCUUUCCCACCGCCCGCCGCCCGCCGCUUUCCUUCCGGCCGCCGAAUCCCUAUGCGCCCGCCGCCGGCCGCCGCUUCCCUUCCGGUCGCCACUGCCGGUCUCCCCGCCCGCGCUCAGCCCUGCGCCCGCCGGCCGCCGCUUUCCUUCCUGCCGCCACCUCCCUGUGCGCCCGCCGCCAGCCGCCGCUUCCCUUCCGGUCGCCGCCGCCGGUCUCCCCGCCCGCGCUCAGCCCUGCGCCCGCCGCCGGCCGCCGCUUUUGCUUGGCCUAUUUUCCGGUUCUUUGUAGUUUAAAAGUUAUAGUUAGAAAGCAGUUUGAGAAACAGAGAAAAAACUGA